GGAGUGGUGGGUUGUACCACUGUGCAUUAGACUAGCUAACGUUACAUUUCUUCGCUGAAUCCCAAACCAGCGCGCUGUGGACUGGAGCAUACGUUACCGGACGCAUAAAAGCACCUUUCUGUGGUCAAACUUUUCUAUCCGUGUGGAAUAGGACAAAGGAAUUUAACUACUGGACGAUUUAUCAACAAGCCCCAAGCUGAGAGGGCAAGUGGGAAUAAAACUAAAAAUGAACAGGAGUUUUAACAAAUCUCAGUCUUUGCGGUACUUGGACUGUAGUGCUGUUGAAGUUAAAAGCAAGUAUGGGGCCGAGUUCAGGAGGUUUUCCGUGGACCGCUUCAAGCCCGGGAAGUUUGAGGAGUUCUACAAGCUCAUCUUGCACAUUCACCGGAUAAACAACACGGAGGUGAUGAUCGGCUACGCGGACAUCCACGGCGAUCUACUCCCCAUCAACAACGAUGACAACUUCUGUAAGGCCGUGUCCACUGCACACCCUCUGCUUCGGAUCUUCAUACAGAGACAAGAAGAGGUGGACUACAGCAACUUCGGCACCAACACGCUGACCCGGAGGAAGAAGCCGGUGGUCAACCUCCGUAACGACGCCAACCGGAAGCGGCCCCACAUCCGGAUCGGGAUGCCGCAGGACUUCCGACCGGUGUCGUCCAUCAUCGACGUGGACAUCCUGCCGGAAUCGCACCGCCGCGUGCGGCUGUACCGCCACGGCUCCGACAAGCCGCUGGGCUUCUACAUCCGCGACGGCACCAGCGUGCGCGUCACGCCGCACGGCCUGGAGAAGGUUCCAGGCAUCUUCAUCUCGCGCAUGGUGCCCGGCGGCCUGGCGGAGAGCACGGGGCUGCUGGCGGUCAACGACGAGGUGCUGGAGGUCAACGGCAUCGAGGUGACGGGCAAGACCCUGGACCAGGUGACGGACAUGAUGAUCGCCAACAGCCACAACCUCAUCGUGACGGUGAAGCCGGUGAACCAGCGUAACAACAUUGUGCGGGGCAGCCGGAUCUCGGGGAGCUCGGGGCAGUCCACGGACAGCAGCGGGAGCUCGGCGGGGUACCCUAGCCUGGCAGCCGCCGCGGGGGCCCACGGCUUCGCCGGGGACGAGCUGGAGAGCGACGAGGAGUCGGACAUCGUCAUCGAGAGCAGCGUGAAGCGGCCGUCCCGGCGCUCCAACGCGUCCGUGGCCUCGGCCGCCUCUCGCUGCUACGGCCCCGCGGCCAGCCCGCCGCCCUCCCGCCCCACCUCCCCCCGCCCGGCCUCUGUGGUCUCCGCCGCCUCCUUCCACUCGCAGGCCAGCCUCAACGGCUCGGUGCCCCACGCCGGGCUGAGCUUCAAGCUGCACAGGGACCUCACCCUCCAGCCGCACCACAGCAGCAACCCCGCCCUCCGGGAGAGCAACGGCAGCCUGCACAAAAUCAUCAGCACCCUGCGGACCGACCCCCGGCACAGCCUGGCGCUGCCCAGGGGCGGGGUGGAGGAGGAUGGCACGGUCAUCACCCUAUAGGGUCCACCCUCCCCUCCCCCGGCUGCUCAGAGACUGCCCUGAACCACCUGCAGCCUGCCAGAACUGUACCCCCACAAACCACUCUCUUCUCCUUUUCUACACUCUAAAAACACCACUCUGUGUACUUUAACAAAUACAUAAUGCAAGACUGUAGGUUUCCUGUUAUGUAGGUUUUCUACUUUUAUCGUUAGAAAUAUAAACGUUUAAUGAGGGUCAAAGCAUACUGUUGUCACUGUUAUACAUAAAUGACUGUGUUGCUCAAAGUAGUUCAAGCCAAGUAUGCUGUCCAUAUUAUGGUAAUGGGACCAAGAAACUGGUGCUAUUUAUAAACCCUUUGUUUUUAAUGAUAACCUGUCUUAUCUUUAGCUGGUCUGACAGAUUUGCACAGUUCCAGUCAGAAAUAUUGCAUACUUUUUAUGCAGUUACAGAUAGAGCCUGCAGUAUUUUCCUAUUUCUGAGUUUAUCAAAGAGCUUACAUUUUUAUGGUUUAUCAGGGCAAUGGAUUAAUUUGCUCUCAUUGGAACCUGAGAGCAAAUUAAGGGAGCAAUUAUAUCAGAAUUAAAUGUGUGUGUCCGGAGAAUGCACCUUCUAUUUUACUACAAACCUGUUCAAAAUAAUGCAUUUUUUAUCACUUGCCUAUUUAAGCCAAGGUAUGCACAAGGAAAGUUUUGGCCCGAUAUAGCUACAAUUGGUGUGGAAAUUUGGCAUGCACAUACUGGCAUUCAUGAAGCUACUGAUGUACGAAAAGGUCAAGCAGCUUCUGGGAGAUAAUCACUUUUUAGUACUUGACUGUUAAGUGCAGUAUGUAUGCUGAAGGAAAUGUUUGGUUCCGUAAUAUGAAGUGUGAUUCUCCGAUUUUAAAACAAAUGUGGCUGGUCAGGACUCACACAACAGAUUCCACAGUACCCACCCAACCAUUCAGUCUCAGGACAAAAUCCCUUCAAAUGAACCCCAAUUUUCCUGUGUGUACCAGGCUUUACAUGUAUGUUUUACAAUGUGUGCUGGCAGUAUUCACUUACCCUAUCAGACAGAAAAAGAAGAAGAAAUUCCAGGUAGAAGACAUUUUUACAGCAGAGGAGAACGACUUUAGUGUUGCAAUACAGAGCAUUAUGUUUUGUUGCUUCUCCAGCUAUCAAUUCAGAUUUUGUCGCUAUUGAGGUACGGAAUACGCUUUGAAUUAGAAGUGACUUAGCAAAGAAAGGGAAAGCUUUAUGAGAUGUUUACCUAAAGUCGUUUUUUUUUAAUCUGAGAGCUCUAUUUGAGUGGGAAAAUAAUAGCGUUUGUCGUUCUUUCACUUGUCAUGAUUCUGAAGAGGGGUCAGGAAUGCUGAGUAAUGUGCUUUGUCUGUGUAUUCUCAGCGUCAUGGAAGGUGGGCCUCUCCUGCCACCAGAGUGUUAAUUAACUUUUAUCUUUAACAUUUACUUUGGGCCUCUGAGCUAUGAACUCUCCAAGACCCCCUCCAGAUGAGCAGAUGGAGAAACGGCUACGGUGUUGUUGCUAGUUACAGUCGAGUCUGAGACUAACUUCAGUUCCAACCUCAGCCCCCCCCCCCCCCCCCCCCAUGUCCCCUGUUAGUAGUUUGUAUUCAUGGGUGCUGUAAUUAGCAUGGUUUGUAAUGGACACAAAUGUAUUAGUCCAGGUGUGAACUUUGGAAGCCACCCUGGUUAUAAAGCACGGUCUACUCACGCUAUAACAGUAUGAAUGGUGUAUCAUGUCAGUGCACGUUUAGUACAACGUCAAGGUUGGAGCUGUCAGUUUCUUAGAACAAUCUGUCAUCCACUUGUGAAAGAAACUUCUUAAAUGUCAUCUCUUUGUAAAAGUUUUCUGCAUUUUGGGAGCCCAGUCUUUUUUGUCUUAUUGAAAUGAAGAAAGUACGUUUAAAAUAUUUCUUUUUCUGUUUUUUGUCGUCUUAAAAGUUUUGGGUUUUUUUACUCCCAAAUUCCAACCCUUGUUCUGCAUUUUGAUCCACGUUUGUAAUGUUUCUUGAUUUGCAUGUAAUCGGAAUCUCUCAUUUGUUUGCUUUUCAUUUUCCAGUUGCUACACGUUGUGUUAAUUUUCUUGCCAGACUUUGGCUUUAGUGAAUAGAUAUUCCCUGCUUCUUUACAACAGGAAAAGAUUUAUAACAGACCAUACUGUUGUCCCUAAACUAGAUCGGACUUUAGGAAAGCGUCAUCUGCUGGUAGGAAGCAGCCAUUACAUGGUGCAAACUCCCCACAAAAGCUCCUCUCCCAUAAGGAAUGGACAUCUUAUCUUUUUGAAUAUUAUUUAUUUUGGGAAUGUGUCUGAAUGUUCUCAUUGUUUUUCUGUCCUUGUCCAACUUAUUGUAGACAUGCAUUUUAAUUAUGAACUGAUCAUUGCAAACAUUGAAAACUGAUAAGCAAACACAUCUAGAAAGAAUUUCAGGUACGAGGUGAUGGCUAUGUAAUUAUAUCUGAGAGUAGCAGCAACAUUUUGAGUCACAUUGUGAGAUGUUCUUUUGAAGGCAAAUUGUUGCUGUUUCAUUGGAACGCAGAUUGAUAAGAUAAGGUCUUCUCUCAAGAGUCAAGCCACCAACAUGAAACCAUGUUUCAUUUUGGCAAACAUCCUCACUAGAUAUAAGUAAAGUUCACUACUUUUUAAGGUACACUGAUAAUUUAUAGUGAAUCCCAAGUUCAACAAAGCUUAAUUUUUAAACUUUACUGUAGAAAGAAACUUUAAUUCCGUGUUUUUGUGACUGCAAUCAUUUGUAGAGCACAAUUAAAUAUUGCAAAUAUCUUAACUUGAAUAAACAUGUUUUUAAUGAAUUUCAUGAGGUUCUGUUUCCUCAGUCUCUGACGCGACUGCAUUCUUUUCCACCUCCUUUUUUGCACAACAUUAAACCUCUUACACAACUUCUUGUACUUUUAUUUAACUGUAGUUUUAACAUCUUUAAACAUGUCUUCCAUCUUCAGAGGGGAAAUUUUGAUAGUUAAUUAAUCGAUAGUACAUAUCACUUGAAAGCAGAACCCUUAAUUCAGUUCAUUUUAAUUGUGUGUAAAUACUAUUUACUUAUUCCCUUGCUGUUUAAAUGAACUCAUUUUGUAUUUUGAAGAGAAAGUAAAAUAAAGAAGUCCCAUUCUACUCCUACUCCUAA